UCCAGCUUGACGCCGCCGCAGAUGGCAGUACUUAUGCGCGCGAGGCUCUCGGGUUAAAGCCGACAGCCGCUGCCUCCGUACAGGUCCGCGAGCGCCGCAGCCAUCACCCCGAACCCGCUCUGUAUCCCUUCGGAGUGACGAUGGCAGACAGCCCGCAAUGUUUCUACUGCCGAGAGGACCUCGGGGGGAAGAGGUUCGUCCGUAACGAAGGAAGGCCGGUGUGCGUCCGCUGCCACACCAAGUUCUGCGCCAACUCCUGCGCCGAGUGCCAUCGACCCAUCCCUGUGGAAUCAAAGGAGCUCAGUCAUAAGGGCCGGUACUGGCACGAGGAGUGUUUCCGCUGUGCAAAGUGUUACAAGCCUCUGGCCAAGGAGCCCUUCAGCACCAAAGACGACCGUAUCAUGUGUGGGAAGUGCUGCUCCAGAGAGGACGCUCCACGCUGCCACGGCUGCUAUAAAGCCAUACCGGCUGGUACAGAGAGUGUGGAGUACAAAGGGAACUCGUGGCACGAUGAAUGCUUCACCUGCUUCAACUGUAAACGACCAAUAGGAUCGCUGAGUUUCCUCUCCAAAGGAAGUGACGUUUACUGCAGCCCCUGCUAUGACAAGAAGUUUGCUAAACACUGCGUCUGCUGCAAAAAGGCCAUAACCUCCGGAGGAGUGAACUACCAGGACCAGCCGUGGCACAGCCACUGUUUUGUCUGCAGCUCCUGCUCCAAACCUCUGGCAGGGUCCAGUUUCACCAACCACCAGGACCAGGUCUUCUGUGUCGACUGCUACAAGACCUCCGUGGCCAAGAAAUGCAGCGGCUGCCAAAACCCCAUCACAGGUUUUGGUAAAGGAGUGAACGUGGUGAAAUAUGAGGGCAGCUCCUGGCAUGAAUACUGCUUCAACUGUAAGAGAUGCUCCCUCAGUCUGUCCAGCAAGAGCUUCGUAGCCAAGGGAAAAGACCUCCUGUGCUCCGACUGUGGCAACAAGUAGGGCUGGAGAGGUGUGUCCUUUAAACAGUGGUUUAUAACAGUGUGUCUUUCUUUCUUUAUUUUUACAUAAAGGUCAAAGUCUCCAUUUCAAUAUUCUCUUAAUUUCUAAAGGGACGUUUUGGGGUAUUAACCACAAAGUGAUGAAAACAUUGUGUCCAAAAUGUUAUUUGUGCCCGAUGUUGAUAAUUUGCUUUGAUGCUCACUAAAACAUACACGUGCUGAGUGAUGGUAAUAGUGUCCUAAUAGUCCUUCAAAGAUAAAUAGUAUGUCGCUAAGUGUGGUUUCCUGUUGGAGGCUUGGAUCACAUACAAUACAAAACAACACAUAUACAAACAAAGUGUUUUGAACUACUAGAAACAGCUUCUCAUGUUCAGCCUACAGCUGAAAUAAAUGAACAGCAGAUAGCAUUGCAUACCCGAAAUACUAAAAAUAGAUAUAAUGACGCGGCAUACAAGUCAAAUGACACAUUUUUAUUUUGACUUCGCAACACAGAUCUUUUUUAUGAGCUGUCAUUCAACACAGUGUAUGCUAACGAGUUAGCAUAAAGCAAGAAUAUCAUGUGUUUUCAAAAGUAAUUUAAUUGUAUUUUUUUCAGCUUUUAGCAAAAACAACGGCUUAUGUUAAUGAGUUUAAUGUCUACUUAUUUUUUCUAUUUUUAAAGGGUGAUACUUUCCUCUGACCAAAAAUUAUAAAUGCUGUUUUUAAUUAAAACAUUUUUAAUAAUCAUUAAAUGACAUCAUAUUUGUAAUUGUUCAGUCAUUUCCAAGGGAUUGCUAUGCUUAUUGUAAGUUGUUUUUUACACCAUUGAAAUAUGAGAUAUGUUCAAUAUAGACGAUGUGUUGCUAAAAUGGAAUAAACGUACACAAAACUGA